AUGGAUCCUGCCACCUCUAGCAAGAAGGCCAAACUUGGCACGGCCUCAGGUGUAUACAUACCCGUCGUUCUUAAUAUCAUAAGCAUUUUGAUGUUCCUGCGAUUUGGGUCUAUUCUUGGACGAAUCGGAUUAUUUGGUGUACUCGGUCUCCUCGCUGUUGCUUACUUUGUGGACUUUGUAACCACAUUGUCACUUUCUGCUAUUGCCUCCAACGGCGAAGUCAAAGGAGGAGGUGCCUAUUACUUGAUUUCCAGGUCUCUUGGGCCGGAAUUCGGUGGCUCUAUCGGAGUGCUCUUCUACCUCGCCCAGGUUUUAAACACAGCACUCAACGUUGUGGGACUUAUCGAUUGUCUGAAACUCAACCUUGUAGAAGUGAUACCUGGGGGCUACUGGGAGAGCUACCUGGUUGAAACGUGUGCUCUUGUGUUCUGCACGGCACUUUGUCUGGCCGGCAGUGGCAUAUUUGCAAAAGCUAGCAACGGCUUGCUUGUGGUGUUAAUCAUAUCUACGUUGAGCAUACCAAUUUCCGCAAUUGCUAGACAGCCUUUCAAGGAUGCUAGGCUCGGCAUCGAGUUCACGGGAAUGAGUGCCAAAACUUUCUUGUCGAACCUAUAUCCCGCCGGGCGACCGCAUUAUCGGGGUGGAGAGACAUUCAGGGAACUUUUCGGUGUUUUGUUUCCUGCGACUUCUGGCAUAUUCGCUGGGGCCUCAAUGUCUGGAGAUCUGAGAAAUCCCAGUAAGGCAAUACCCAAAGGGACGUUAUGGGCAAUGCUAUCAACACUGAUCCUUUAUCUACUGGUCAUAUUAUCCAUGGCCGCGAGUGUCACCCACAACUCUUUUCUCAAUCAUACCAACAUCAUCUCUGCAACUAGUGUCUGGAGUCCUCUCAUAUUAGCAGGCGAGUGCGCCACGACAUUCUUCUCCGCGCUGAUGGGUCUCAUUGGGUCUGCUAAACUUUUACAAGCAUUGGGUAGGGACAAGCUUCUACCAGGACUCACUGUCUUUGGGUAUGGCACGAAGCGUGGUGACGAACCUGUAUAUGCUAUUCUACUCACAUAUGCAAUCGCCCAAAUUGCGUUGUUCGCUAAUCUGAACCAGAUUGCUACAUUGAUAGCAAUGGGCUACCAGAUGACGUUUUUCGUGAUGAAUCUUGCAUGUUUCCUGUUGAAGAUCGGCUCAGCCCCAAACUUCAGGCCUGCCUUCAAAUUUUUCAGCUGGCAAAGUGCGUUUAUAGGUAGUCUACUCUCUGCGGCAGCAAUGUUCUUCAUUGACGAGACCUACGCUACAACAGCGAUAUGUCUCCUUAUCUUCCUCUUUUUGCUCAUACAUUACAUGUCGCCUCCAAAGCAUUGGGGUGACGUGUCACAGAACUUGAUAUAUCACCAAGUUAGAAAAUAUCUGUUGCGACUCAAGCCAGAGCACAUCAAAUUCUGGCGGCCACAGAUUAUACUUCUCAUCAACGAUCCUAGGCACCAUACCCGACUGAUACAAUUCUGUAACUCAAUUAAGAAGGGUUCUUUAUAUAUACUUGGGCAUGUCAUUGUUACCGAUGACUUCAACACUGGUGUCCACGAAGCCAAACUUCAACAAGCUGCGUGGACGAACUAUAUUUCGGAUUCCUCCCGGAUUAAAGCCUUCGUUCAGCUGACCAUGUCACCAAGCAUCGAAUGGGGCGUUCGCAAUUUGAUACUAUCAGCGGGACUUGGUGGCAUGCGCCCGAAUAUUGCCAUUUUGGGGUCUUACAACAUGGAAGAGCUGCGGAAAGCCGAACCUCUUAUCCCGCUUCCCUCGGCGCCCUCGUCUCCAAUGAAAGCAAAAUUUGACCUGAAGACUAAAUCUGGACCUGUGAAAAGACGUCGAGGUGAUACUUCAGCUCGACUUCUCGAGUCCUCCUUACCGACGGAUGCGAUCCGUACUGAAGGCAUGUUGUCUGUCACGAGCUAUAUGACAAUUCUUGAAGAUCUCGCUUUAAGGCACCGACUUAAUGUCGCAGUUGGGAAGGGGUUUCAUUCACUUGAAACACCUCGGCACGAUGGAAGCAAUACAAGGAAAUACGUCGACUUAUGGCCGAUACAAAUGUCGGCUGAGAUCACAGCCGACGGCAAAAACGUCGUGACGACGAAUUUUGAUACAUAUACAAUGAUUCUGCAACUGGGAUACAUCUUGCUGAGUGUACCAAAUUGGAAGAAAGCAUUCAAGCUGAGAAUACUGGUGUUCGUCGAGUACGAUACUGAAGUGAAAGAAGAACAUGCCAGACUCAAAGCGCUGCUGGACAAGCUUCGAAUAGAGGCUGAGGUACGAGUCUUCUGGUUGGCAUCUGGCUCACUCGCGACAUACAAUUAUAUUAUCAACGGGAAAAUCAGUAAAGGCAUUGACCACGAAGUCAAUCACUUAUUGAACCGGGAUGAAUGGUGGCAAGAACUUCAACAAGUGCGCACUGAGGAAUCUCGGCCAAAAGACGUAACCGCUUUUGAAGAAUUACUCGAGACAGGCCGUCGCCGGAGUUCUUAUAUGGCUACGGUGACCGAGAGCAGCGACUCUCCAAGACAACAAAAUACCCAAAAGAGCCUCACUUUACCCAAGAAAUCUACCUUCUCCAAAGUCUCCAGGCUCGGAGCAAGUUUUGGCAUACAUACGUCUCACCUUGACGCAAGUAUCCUCGAGGAUGAAACGACUCGACAAACCUACGACUACACCGACGACGAAGCUGCUUAUUCAUCAUCUUCAGAUGCAGACUUCAACGACGCGGCCAGCGAGGGCGACGUUGAUGGUGCUGCUCCACAAGCAAGACCCUUGCUACACUCUGGCCGACGAAAGAGUCACGGGGACUUGCUCCAAAGAAGUAUAACGCAUCGGAAGCAACGUAAUAUUGAUAGCAAUGCCAACACGCCAAACUAUGGCGCCGUCAGGUCUACCCCAUCUCUUUUACGAACGGAUCGUCCAGGCCUGUCGCCGGCAGAUUCUUUCAAGCGAUCAGACAGCACGCAAGCACUACUAGGCCUGCCUUCGGACCUAGCUCAGUCAGGGCCGACUACACCUUCGAUCUCCAGACGCUCAACCAGACCUACGAUCUCAAGAAACUCUUCUGUGGGAAGGUUCUCGAGUCGGCCAGUUCCAGAGACACGGGUUCAGAGUGAAGGAGGAGAGCAGCGACUCAUGUUCGCCGAGGAGACGGAUCCAGCGCGGACACCCCUCAUCCGUUCUAGGAGAAAUUCAGUGUCACAAAAGGCCAACGCUCAUGAUGCGCAGCUCAACAUCCCAGAGUUCCCAGGGUUCUGGAAUUCCGGUUCGACCAACGAUGAGGAGGCUCGGUCAAAUUAUUCCACACAAAGCUUACCACUGUCUUUCAACGAUUUACCAAGUCGAGCCCAGCAUAUGAUUUUGAACGAACUUAUACACCAGAAUAGUGAUGAAACAGCUGUCCUAUUGACGACCCUACCAAUUCCUGAGGAAGACACCUGCAAGGAUGAGGAAGCUAGCCUGAGGUAUCUGUCGGAUAUUGAGGUCUUAUGUCAUGAGUUGCCCCCUGUGCUGUUAGUGCUCAGCAACAACAUGACGGUGACCGUGAGUUUGUAG